GAGAGUUCAAGGGUUAAUUACGGGGAAAUGGUGAAGGCCGUCAUUGCAGGCCUCCUUAGGAAAGAGGCUGAGGAGCUGGAGGAGCCUGCAGGGUGUCCCUCACCCAGAGAAGGAGUGUGGGGCUGUGAGCCUGCAGGUGGUACAAGAGAGUGACCCAGGUACAUUGCUUCUCCUGUGUCUGUCCAGUGUUCCCAUGGUUUUGAGAGACUCCCAGCCUCAUUGUACGCUCCUCCCUCCGUCGUCACAGACUAACUGAGCACGCCUUGCUGGAACCUGCGUGCUGCUGUAGCCCUGAGGACACUCUGUGUGUGUGUGUGAACCCUUCCACCCGCGAGCUCGGUGUGUCCUCCCACUGAUGUGUGCGCCCUCCAGGUUCCCUCCUCAUCGUCUUCCAGUCGGCAGGGCACAGGUCCUCACUGCCACCCAGCCCCUGCUGGUGUCUCUGCACAGCAGGGAACUAUGGUGAGGCGCCUGGUCCCCCGUCUGCCUGCCCUCCCUGUCUGCCUCGCCGUGGUCCAGCUGCUCAGCCCCUGCUCAGCUCAGUUUGCUGUGGUUGGACCCCGUGAGCCCAUCCUGGCCUUGGUGGGUGAAGACGCUGAGCUGCCCUGUCACCUGUCCCCGAAGAUGAGCGCUGAGACCAUGGAGCUGAUGUGGGUGCGAUCCAGCCCCAGGCAGGUAGUGCACACGUACGCACACGGGCAGGAAGUCGUGCCGGCAGCAGAGUAUCGAGGGAGAACUUCAAUUUUAAGAGAGGAUGUCACUGCGGGGAAGGCUGCUCUCUGGAUUCGGGACAUCAGAACCUCUGACAGCGGAAGCUACCUGUGUUAUUUCCAAGAUGGAGAUUUCUAUGCAAAAGCCCAGGUGGAGCUGAAGGUUGCAGCACUGGGCUCUGACCCCCACAUUGAAAUGAAGGGCUACGAGGCUGGAGGGAUCCGUCUGGAGUGCACGUCUGCCGGCUGGUACCCGCAGCCCCAGAUCCAGUGGAGAGACGCCAGGGGACACAGCUUGUCUGCUGAGGUGGCCACAGAGGCUGCAGACCCCCAGGGCCUUUAUGCAGCCUCAGCCUCUGUGAUCCUGGGAGGUGGCUCUGGGGAGGGCGUCUCCUGUGUCAUCAGAAACCCCUUGCUGGGCCAGAAAAAGUCAUCCAGGCUUUCCAUCCCAGGCCCCUUCUUCAGGAACGCGCAGCCCUGGGUGGUGGCCCUGGGCGUGACCCUGCCGGCUCUGCUGGGGCUCCUGGCGGGGACGUGGUACUUCCUGUGGCGACAGCAGAAGAAGAUCCAGGCCCUGUCCCAGGAGAAGGAGACGGAGCGAGCGGAGAAAGCAGCAGCUCAGGUGGAGAAAGCAGCAGCUCAGGUGGAGAAAGCAGCAGCUCAGGCCAAGGAGCAGCAGGAGCGAGGCGCCAAAGAGAAGUUGCAGGACAAGCUCAGGUGGACUAACAUCCCGUAUCUACCACGUGAGGAGCGGUCUCAGGCCUAUGCAGAGUGGAAGACGGCCCUCUUCCAGCCUGCGGAUGUGUUUCUGGAUCCAGACACUGCGCACCCCAGACUCCAUGUUUCUGAGGACAAGAGGAGCCUGAAGGCGUCAUUCACAUGGCAGAACCUGCCAGACAACCUGGAGAGAUUUCAAGAAAAUCUCUGUGUGCUGGGCUGUGAGAGCUUCACGUCGGGGAGACAUUUCUGGGAGGUGGAGGUGGGGGACAGGAUAGAGUGGUGUGUUGGGGUGUGCAGGGAGAAUGUAGAGAGGAAAUUAAUGGUUGAAAUGACGCCUGAGGAUGGAUUCUGGAUAAUCGAGCUGUAUAAUUGGGAUUCCCAAAUAACUCUCACAAGCCCCUCAACCACACUGACCAACGUGAGCCCCCCUGAGAGGGUGGGGGUUUUCCUGGACUAUGAGCGGGGGGAGGUCUCGUUCUACAAUGCCCUCGACGGGUCUCACAUCUUCACCUUCCCACACACCCGCUUCUCUGGGCCUCUGAGGCCUGUUUUCUGGGUUUCGUCAGUGCACCCCCCUCCCUUGACCAUUAGGCCAGCGCAAGAAGCAGUGAGGAAAUCUCUCCUGCCUGACCCAGGGCCUGACCCUUCCCUGGAGACCCCAGUGUCCCCGGGCUCAGCUGACAGGAAUGGGGACCCUCAGGCUGAAGAAACGACUCUGCUUCUCGCUGCCCCGCCUGGAGCUGAGGGCCCCCUGAACAGCAAACCUCUCAGCAAGAAAACACUAAAAACACACUGAGUGACGGACUUCACUGACAUUCACUCAAUGUUUCCACACGAGAGACGAGGAGACCAGGGUGCAGACAGUGAGUUAACUUUCCAAAGGUGAGUCAGGGGCUUUGAACAACCAGAGCUGACAUCUCUGGUAACUUCGCAUGUACUGGGUGCUGUGCUACCUGCUUCAGGUGAAUCUACCUCAUCCUCACAACCACCCUGUGAGGCAGCCUCAUUUAGAAAGUGUGGAAACUGAGGCAGGGCUAAGUUCACUGAUGUACAUAAUUCACACGGAAUGUGGUGCUGCUGGGAGAUGUUCGGCCUCUGCCCCUCCCCCUCCCUCUCGUCUGUCUCUUUGCAGCUGAGUGUCCUGUUGGGAAGGGUCAUGGGUAGCCCUGAGGGUCCCUCCCAGGGCACCAAGGGUCAAGGUCACUGCAGGUGACUGUGAAGGCCACACCCCACUUGGAUCCUUCAAGGUCAACUGUCAGAGCCAUGGUCCACCCUUCACUGACUGGCUCUGCAGGACGCCGUGGUCC